UUGUCUCGUCGACCGUCGUAAAACUGGUCGUACCAAAUCGUAUCUAUUGUGGUCUGUGUAUACCUAAAAUGUAUAUUAUAUAUAUAUAAAUGUAUAAUAUUCACUAUGGUUUUCAGAUUCAGAUAGCAUUCCUCCGUUCCGACAGAUACGUGUCGGUCGUUCGUACGCGGUUAACCGGUAUUGUCUAAUUUAAAAAUAAAAAUAUAAUUCGCAAGUCCGACAUAAUAUUAUUUAUGACACCAAUGAUAUCGUUAAUUAAUAAUUAAUCAAUUUAACAGACUUUGGAAAAUGACGACAAUAUCGUUAUUAUUGUUCCGUCACCGGUAACUAAGGACGUUUUAGGUACAACGUACAAAUAUAUAUAAGUAUUGCCGAUAGAAUACUGAAUAUAAUUUUCAAAAACCGAAAUGGCUGUGGCACCCAAUCCGGAAUAUUUACAGACUCUACUCGAAACAUUCAAAUGUUUUAUUUGUAUGGAGAAAAUACAAGAUGCACAUUUGUGUCCACAUUGUUCAAAAUUAUGCUGUUAUUCUUGUAUGCGCCGAUGGCUUACUGAACAACGAUCUCAAUGUCCACACUGUAGAGCUACAUUACAUUUACACGAAAUUGUCAACUGUAGAUGGGUUGAAGAUUUAUCCGAUCAACUUGACUGUUUGAACAGUACUGUCAAUAUAGGAAGUAUAAGGCAGAGCCAAGAACAAAGAUGUGAAACUCAUAACGAACAAUUGUCUGUAUUCUGCAUGUCUUGCAAUACAACUAUCUGUCAUCGAUGUGCUCUAUUUGACGAUUCAGCCCAUAAUGGUCAUUCAUUCCGACCUGUUGAAGACAUUUAUAAUGAAACAAUAGCACAGUUGGGUGAGAGUUGUGAUAACCUCAAAACAAAAGAAGAAUUGAUUAAGAAAGACAUUAAGGAAAUCGAUAAAAAUAUUAAACUAGUACAACAAGCCAAAGAGCAAAAAGUUCGAGAAAUACGCACAGCUGUGGAGUGUAUGAUGAUUGACUUAGAAAAAGAGCUGAAUAACAAACUUACUACUUUAUUAACUCAAAAAAAUCAUCUGGUCAACGAUUCUGAACAAAUAGAGGAAUUUUUGCAUGAUUGUGAUCUUGAAGUAUCUCGUAUGCCAAUGUCGCAAUUAAUUAAUAACGCUCCAAGAUUAAAAAGAACUAUUUCUGCCAUGGAAGAUAAACCAUUUACAAUCCUUAUGUCUGUGUAUCCAGAUUUCCAUAGCGAAAUUAUACCAAAGUUUGAAGGAGGUAACUUGAUAAUUAAAUCGUUUACUGAUAAAAUGAUUCAGUCUGAACCUAUCUAUUCACUUCCGAUUGAUUGCAAUGGUGUCAGUUGGAGACUUAAAGUAUAUCCCAAUGGUAAUGGUAUUGUGAGAGAUCGAUAUUUAUCAGUGUUUUUAGAGCUAACUUCUGGGCCAGUUGGAGUAUCUAGAUAUGAUUAUCGUAUUGAAAUGGUUAAUCAACUAGAUGAAAAACUCAACGAUAAAUCUAAAAAUGUGCUUAGAGAAUUCACAUCAGAUUUUGAAAUUGGUGAAUGUUGGGGAUACAAUAGAUUUUUUAGACUUGAUUUAUUAAUUAAUGAAGGAUUUUUACAUCAAGAUACAUUAAAUUUAAAAUUUGGUGUUCGACCACCUACUUACUAUCAAAAAUGUAGAGAACAACAAUGGUAUUUGUCUAAAUUAGAACUUGAGAGAUCUGCACUCUUACAGCAAUUUGAAGAAUUGAAACAGAAAAUCCCUGCUAAAGUUAAACCUAUUAGUAGAGAAAUUCCGAGUCCAAAAAAAAAGCUUAAAAUUAAAAUACAAUCAUUGUUGGAUGAAUUUGAGUGUGCAGAAGCAACUGGACAUCUCAGGAGUCCAAUCAAAGACCAAGAAGUUCAAGGAGCAUCAUGUGAAACUGCUUCUAAUAGGGUACAUCCGCCAUUAUCAAUACAAACUCUAUAUGAUAAUGAAUUCCAAAAUCGUUUUCAAGGCGAAACUGCCCAGUCUAUGUUUGAGAGACUUAGUCGUCUUUUUGAAGAAUCAGAUAACCCGGAUAGACCCAGUCCUAUGCAUGGGAAUAAUGUCAACAGCAUCAUUCUGGAUAAUGAACAUACAAGUCCAUCGGAUUUUCGUUUGGAAAAUUGUUUAAGAAAAGUGGGAGAAAGUCAAUUAAGUUCACCUAACAAAUUAAGAGCUUCUGAAAAUUCACAAAUGGUUAAUAAAAUUCAAUAUGAAAUAACUGAAGCAAAAUUUCGCUUGAAAAAAUUGGAAAAUGCUAUGCGUAAUUCUCAACCAGAAUCUUCUAGCGAGUUGGCAAGUUCAUCAGAUCCAAUAAAUCUAAGAAUGUCUGAAAAUGGACUUGAGGAUUUGUCUCGCCAAACUAUGAUAGUUCGUAGAUUACAUAACCCCAUAUUAAAUAAAAAUGAACAACCUGUAACUCAAGAAACAACCAAUACAAAUUUAACAAAUAGGUUUUUAGAUAUGUCAGAUAUAUCUGAUGGCCUUGAAGAUUUAAUCAAUUCUGUUUUUGUAGACAACGCCUAUAUAGAUAACUGGGAAGCUAAUCAGAGCUCUUCCGCUGAAGAAGUACAAAGUCCCAACAAUGAGUCAUUAUGUCCUGAUCAUCUGACCAGAGAUGAAUGAGUGUUUCGUUAAAUAGAUAUUUAUAUUUUUGUUUAUUUAAAUUUUGAAAAAUAGAAUUUAUUUUUAUUUUUAUUAUUUUGUAAGUUACUCGCUUACCUAUAUUAUUUAAAAUUAUUUAUUGGUAAAAAAAUUAUUAUUUAUAAAUUACCUCAAAUUGUAAUAUGAUUAAUCAAAACGUUAACUAUAUUGAAAAGUGUAAAUACAACAUAUUUUGUCAAAUAAAACUAUUAAUUACUCUAAUUGUAUGUUCAAGCUAAGAUAAUAUUAAUUGUAAAAAUGUCCAGGACUAUUGUCAUACAAUAGGUAAUAGAAACUAGCUGCUAGCUGGCACUUAUUACCUUUUUAGUGUGAAACCCCGCCCUCUGUACGCUUCUUUAUAUUAAAUUAAGCAUACAAUAAAAUUGCAUGUACCUUUUGUUUAGAAUAAACAAUGAAUAUCGUGGAACACUACUUAA